UCAGUAAUGGCGGCUACAAAUUAUGCUACCGCUCUGCAAGAAGAGCUCUUUUGCCCCAUCUGCUUGGAUUACUUCACCGAGCCGGUGAUCCUGAACUGCGAACAUAAUUUUUGCAGAGCCUGCAUCAGCACUUACUGGGACAGCCUGGGCGACAGCUUUCCAUGCCCACAAUGCAGGAAGAGGUGCCGCAGAGGGAAACUCAGGCCUAAUGCGCAGCUGGGGAAAGUGGCCGAGAGAGCCAAAGAGCUGGCAGCCAGGGAUACAGUCCUGCCAAGAAUGCCUCUGAGGGCUGGGAACAAGCCGCGGCCUGUUGCCAGAGAAGAAAUGUGCAAGCAGCACCUGGAGGCACUGAAGUUAUUCUGCAAGGAUGACGGGGCCCUGAUCUGUGUGGUUUGCGACAGGUCUAAAGAGCACAGGAGCCACACAGUGAUCCCUGUGCAGGAGGCAGCUGAGGAGUACAAGGUGCAGUUUCAGCACCACUUGGCCACACUGAAAAGUGAGAGAGACAGCAGAGAGAUCCUUGCAAUAAACAAAGGGAAGAAACUGGAAAUGCUGGUGAGUCGUGCAGAAGCAGAAUAUCAACGAACCGCCCUUGUAUUCCGGGAAUUAAGGAAAAACCUUCAGGACAGGGAGCACUCUCUCCUUCAAGGGCUGUCCAAAGUCAGCAAUGACUUGAAGCAAAUGCAGCGGGAGAAUGAGAGCAAGAUUCAGCAGGGAGCUCCACUUCUACAAGGAUUGAUCCUGGAACUCGAGCAAAAGUGUCAACAAUCAGAUACCGAGUUCCUCAAGGAUGUUGAAAGCUACCUAAACAGGUAUAAAAGUUGGAGCUUUCCAAAGUGGACACCAGUGUCCACAACAGAACUGGAAGAGAGGCUUUCUCAUUUUUCCCAUAAGAAGACAGUUCUCUGGGAGCACAUGACUGAGAUGCGAGAGAUCUUGACCUUGGAUCCUGAUUCGGCUCACCCCAGCCUGGUUAUUUCAGCCAACCGGAGGACUGCAAGUCGCAGGGACAUUUGCCCAACUCAUUGCAACACUUCCAAAAGAUUCUACCCUUCUUUUUGUGUCCUGGGCUCUGAAGGUUUCACAGGAGGCCGUCACCAUUGGCUGGUGGAUGUGAAAGGCCAAUGUGGUUGGGCCCUAGGGGUUGCGCAGGAAUCUGUGGAUAGGAAGAAGCCAGUGGUGCUUCAACCAGAAUGUGGGAUUUGGGCUGUGGAGCUUGGCCCCUGCCAACUCUUUCCAGUAACACCAGCCUCCAAAGAAGAGACGGAGAUCUCGACCCGCAGGAUAGUUGUGAGGUUGGACUACGAAGGAGGCCGAUUAACAUUCUCUGAUGCACAGGACUCCAAACCUCUCUUUACUUUCAGGACCUCCUUCACAGAAAAACUUUACCCAUUCUUUUGGCUGUGGUCCCGUCAGGCUUCUAUCACACUCUGUUCCUGAGAGAAAGAGAGGGUGACUAUGUGAAAGGCCAACGCAGUUGGGUCCUAGGUGCAGCUCAAGAAUUUGUGGCAAAGAAGAGAGUGACCUGGAGUUGUUAAAAAUGCAGCUUCCAUCAGCAGUGAUGGGUUAUACCAGUAAGAGUAGGGACCGGUUUUCUGCACCUGGUACAUUCUGUGAAAGGCCAGUCCUGAGUUACAGACAUCCAACUUACAUAUGACUCCUAGUUAAGAACUGAGGUGAGACAACAAGAAGUGAGAGAAAUCUACCCCUAGGAAGGGAAAUUCACCCCUGAAAGAGUUAUCAUGGGGAAAAGGGGUCUCCAUUGAAGUUUUCUUGCCCAUCCUUGUUUCCACAACAAACCAAACAAGCCUUUGUGAUGAGGUCCUAAAGCAGUGGUUCUCAACU